CACAUCACUGACAAGUCUCUUCCUCUGUUCUCUCCUUCAUAAGUUAUCCAUUUUUUCUCCAACCAAAUCAUGACUUUCUCAAGUAGUCUCAAAUCAACUAUUAGAAUAAUUAUGCUUGUGGGUGUGUUAUUAGUGGCAGCUUCCGCUGGAAACUUCAACCAAGAUUUUGACAUUACAUGGGGAGAUGGGCGUGCAAAAAUCCUGAACAAUGGCCAACUCCUUACGUUGUCUCUUGAUAAAACCUCUGGUUCAGGCUUCAAAUCAAAGAACCAAUACUUAUUUGGGAAAAUUGAUAUGCAGCUCAAGCUAGUGCCUGGAAACUCUGCUGGAACUGUCACUGCUUACUAUCUAUCUUCCUUGGGGUCAGCCCAUGAUGAGAUAGAUUUUGAAUUCUUGGGAAAUCUUAGUGGAGACCCUUAUAUUCUCCAUACAAAUAUAUUCACUCAAGGUAAGGGAAACAGAGAACAGCAAUUCUAUCUCUGGUUUGAUCCUACCAAGGACUUCCACACCUACUCUGUCCUUUGGAAUCCUCAAAGCAUCAUCUUCUUUGUGGAUGGGACUCCCAUUAGAGAAUUCAAGAACUUAGAAUCAAAUGGCAUAGCAUUUCCAAAGAGCCAGCCAAUGCAGAUAUACUCUAGCCUAUGGAAUGCUGAUGAUUGGGCCACAAGGGGUGGGCUUGUGAAGACAGAUUGGACCCAAGCACCUUUCACAGCUUCUUAUAGAAACUUCAAUGCACAGGCCUGCAUUUGGUCCUCAGGCUCCUCGUCUUGCUCCAAGAGCUCCUCAAACAACUCAUGGCUAACACAGUCUCUGGACACCACAGGCCAAGCAAGAAUCAAAUGGGUGCAAAAAAACUACAUGAUUUACAACUAUUGCACUGAUACCAAACGCUUUCCUCAAGGAUUCCCUCCUGAGUGCUCACUUGCUUGAAUCAAAUUAUAAAUCAACUGUUUAUAGAUCUUAGACUUCUCUAUAAUCUCUUAGCCUCAGAACUUGAGUUUUGAGGUUGAGAUUGAAUUUCUUGUAUCAUAUUCGACGCUUUCUGUUAGUCUUUUUGUCCAAACGUUUUGUGAUAUACAGCAUAUGAUUAGAAUAAAAAGAAAAUAGUUGUUAAUUAUGUGGUUAGGAAUUCAGUUUACCUUUGAACUAAUAUAUUAAUAAAAUAGAUAUCUGUGUAGUCUAA